AUGUCUGAGGAGGAUAUUUUCGAGGGCAAUUGUGUCGGUGUCUGGCAAAACGACCGCGUCGAGAUUAUCGCAAACGAUCAGGGAAACCGGACAACUCCUUCCUAUGUCGCGUUUUCAUCCGAGGAGCGUCUCAUCGGGGAUGCCGCAAAAAAUCAGGCUGCCAUGAAUCCCAAGAACACCGUUUUCGAUGCCAAGCGUCUGAUUGGUCGUCGCUUUGAUGACCCCGAAGUCAAAAAAGAUAUGACCCACUGGCCAUUCACCGUGGUUGACAAGGAUGGAUCACCCUUUAUUCAGGUCCAGUACCUCGGAGAGGAGAAAGUGUUCAGUCCCCAGGAAAUUUCUGCAAUGGUCCUCAGCAAGAUGAAGGAAAUCUCCGAGGCCAAGCUCGGCAAGACGGUCAAGAAGGCGGUCGUAACUGUCCCAGCCUACUUCAACGACUCGCAGCGCCUUGCCACUAAGGAUGCCGGUGCUAUUGCUGGCCUUGAUGUCCUCCGUAUCAUCAACGAGCCCACUGCUGCGGCCAUUGCCUACGGCCUCGACCAGCAAUCCAAGACGGAGAAGAACGUCUUGAUCUUCGAUCUCGGUGGAGGAACCUUCGAUGUCUCCCUUCUUAACAUCACUGGUGGUGUUUUCGCCGUCAAGGCCACCGCCGGUGAUACUCACCUUGGUGGUGAGGACUUUGACAACACUCUUUUGGAGCACUUUAAAAACGAGUUCAAGAAGAAGACCAAGCUCGACAUUUCAGACGACGCCCGUGCCCUCCGACGCCUUCGUUCGGCCUGCGAGCGUGCGAAGAGAACGCUUUCCAGCGUCGCUCAGACGACUGUCGAGGUCGACUCGCUCUACCAGGGUGAGGACUUCUCUGCCAACAUCUCUCGUGCCCGCUUCGAGGAGAUCAACGCGGCCAUGUUCAAAUCGACCUUGGAUCCCGUCGAGCGUGUGCUCAAGGAUGCCAAGAUGGCCCGCGAAAAGGUGGAUGAUAUCGUCCUCGUCGGUGGAUCUACCCGUAUCCCGAAGAUUCAGUCCCUUGUCAGCGAAUAUUUCGGUGGCCGUCAGUUGAACAAGUCGAUCAACCCUGACGAAGCUGUUGCCUAUGGCGCUGCCGUCCAGGCCGCAAUUCUGACCGGCCAGACCAACGAGAAGACGCAGGUCCUCCUCUUGGAUGUCGCUCCUCUUUCUCUUGGUGUCGCCAUGCAAGGAGAUGUUUUCGGUAUCGUCGUCCCGCGAAACACCACCAUCCCAACCAUGAAAUCACGAACCUUUACGACUGUAGAAGACAACCAGACCACUGUCACAUUCCCAGUGUACGAGGGUGAACGAACGCAAUGCAAAGACAACCGUCUCCUUGGAGAGUUUGAGCUUAACGGCAUCCCACCAAUGCCCAGGGGUCAAGCCGAGCUCGUCACCACCUUUGAGAUUGACGCCAACGGUCUGCUCAAGGUGUCUGCCAUGGACCGUGCAUCUGGCCGCAAGGCAUCGAUCAGCAUCACCAACUCUGUCGGACGUCUGUCGUCGGCUGAGAUUGACCAAAUGAUCAAGGAUGCGGAGCAAUUCAAGCAGGCUGACAAAGAGUUCUCCGCACGACACGACGCCAAGGCCGACCUCGAGGCGUACAUUCACCAAGUCGAGGGCACGAUCAGCUCGCCCGAGAUUGGCAUGAAGCUGAAGCGAGGAGCAAAAGCCCAAGUCGAGUCUGAGCUUGCCAAAGCUCUGGAGAAGCUCUCGAUUGAGGAUUCGACGGCGGACGAGCUUAAGAAGGCUCAACUUGGCAUCAAGCGUGCCCUCCAAAAGGCCACUGCUGGCAUGCGAUAG